GGAUCAGACCGAGAGAUAAAAGCCCCGAUGGUGAUCGUGAGUGAUGGCAAGAGGAUUUAGCCUCGGCAUUAACUUGGAGCGUCGUGCAGGGGGGCAGUGAAGCGCCCCGCCAUCUGGCCCGCCUGUGCGGGGGGAUGCCCCGGCGCCCCGACGAGCAGCCGCGAAGCCCACCCGGGCCGGGGGCCGCUCGCUGCCCGAGCGCGGGUCCUCUCCGCGCCGCCCAGGGGGGCCAAAAAGUUUGCACUUGUUAGAGGCGACCUCCCGCUCGGCCGGGGCGGGCGAUGCGGGCGGCGCGGGCAGCCCCCUCCCCCGGCCCGCGUCUCCGGGACGGCUGCGGGCGGCCCCCCCGGUGGCAGGAGGGCGCCCCGGCCCCGAUCUGACGGCCGCGGAGGCACCGCGGCGGCGGGAGCGGAGCGGGAAGCGCACGGCUCGCCGCCCUCCGGCCCUCGUCCCCAGCCAGCGCCAGCCGGGGCGGCGGUCCUCGGCCUCCCGGGUCUGCGCUCCGGGAAGCCGCUCCGAGCGGGGAUGAAAGACAAGCCAGGCCCCGGAUACCUGGAUGGAUUGAAAGCUGGAGUCUCAGAAACUUCAUAACAAGUUGCCGAUGGCCACCGGCCAAGGCUGGAGGGUUGUUCUGCAGUUGUGUUGAGCAUAUCACACAUUAAGGGCCCUUUAAAGACCUGGAUUGAUUGGAAGGACAAAAAUUAAAAGCAAUCUGAUCCAGCCUCCUGCCAGAUCCCUGCGGAUUUUCUCCCUAUCCCAUUUCCAUCCACUGUCACAAUUUGAGAGUCCGCCUGAUUUGAUCAGAUUCGCCUCUGGGAGAGGUGUAAAUGCAAGGUUAGGAGGACGCGGAGUUACAGGCGACUUUUUGAUCUGCCCAUCAGCAGUCUGAGAAACGCUGGCUCUGAGUUUUCUGUGUUGGCCUUUUGGAAAAAACAAGUUCCUUGCUGUUUGCAACCUGGCAGCACUCAAGUCCCGGGGACAUCCAGCCACCAUUGCUUGGUAGAUGUGGCGUUUCCAUGCUGAGGCCCCGAGUCCCGCCUGCCCCAGCUGCUGCCUCUCCAGGGCCUCUCUGGGCCGCGCCCUGUGGCCUGCGUAGCCAUGCUGCGCCUGCUGGCUCUUCUCCUGUACUGCCUCCCGCUGGCCUCUGGGGACUACGACAUCUGUAAAUCCUGGGUGACCUCGGAUGAGGGCCCCACCUGGGAGUUCUACGCCUGCCAGCCCAAGGUGAUGCGCCUGAAGGACUAUGUCAAGGUGAAGGUGGAACCCUCGGGCAUCACAUGCGGAGACCCCCCUGAGAGAUUCUGCUCCCACGAAAACCCCUACCUGUGCAGCAAUGAGUGUGAUGCCUCCAACCCCGACCUGGCCCACCCACCCCGGCUCAUGUUCGACAAGGAGGACGAGGGGCUGGCCACGUACUGGCAGAGCGUCACAUGGAGCCGCUACCCCAGCCCACUCGAAGCCAACAUCACUCUUUCGUGGAACAAGAGUGUGGAGCUUACAGAUGAUGUGGUGGUGACCUUCGAGUACGGCCGGCCCACCGUCAUGGUCCUGGAGAAGUCCCUGGACAACGGGCGCACGUGGCAGCCCUACCAGUUCUACGCGGAGGACUGCAUGGAGGCCUUUGGCAUGGCCGCCCGCCGGGCCCGCGACCUGGCAUCCUCGGGUGCCCACCGGGUGCUGUGCACCGAGGAGUACUCACGCUGGGCGGGCUCCAAGAAGGAGAAGCACGUGCGCUUUGAGGUGCGGGACCGCUUUGCCAUCUUCGCCGGCCCCGGCCUGCGCAGCAUGGACCACCUGUACACCAGGCUGGAGAGCGCCAAAGGCCUCAAGGAGUUCUUCACCCUCACCGACCUGCGCAUGAGGCUGCUGCGCCCGGCACUCGGGGGCACCUAUGUGCAGCGGGAGAACCUCUACAAGUACUUCUAUGCCAUCUCCAACAUUGAGGUCGUUGGCAGGUGCAAGUGCAACCUGCACGCCAACCUGUGCUCCGUGCGUGAGGGCAGCCUGCAGUGCGAGUGUGAGCAUAACACCACGGGCCCCGACUGCGGCAGAUGCAAGAAGAACUUCCGCACCCGGUCCUGGCGGGCUGGCUCCUACCUGCCGCUGCCCCACGGCUCUCCCAACGCCUGUGCGGCUGCAGGCUCCGCGGUCGGCAAGUGGAUCAGACCCUCUACAGAUGCCCCUCUUGGGGAGAGCCCCCCCGAGCCCCAGGUGUCCUCCAGUGCAGAAGCUGCGGGCACCUCUGCUGCUGCCCCGGCCCCUGCUCAGGACUCCAAACCUUGCCAGCCCAAGCCCUCUCAGGCGUUGUCUAUUGAAGUAUUCCAAGACUGUGAGUGCUAUGGCCACUCCAACCGCUGCAGCUACAUUGACUUCCUAAACGUGGUGACCUGUGUUAGCUGCAAGCACAACACUCGGGGCCAGCACUGCCAGCACUGCCGGCUGGGCUACUACCGCAACGGCUCCGCCGAGCUGGACGACGAGAACGUGUGCAUCGAGUGUAACUGCAACCAGAUCGGCUCCGUGCACGACCGGUGCAACGAGACCGGCUUCUGCGAGUGCCGCGAGGGAGCGGUGGGGCCCAAGUGCGACGACUGCCUCCCCACGCACUACUGGCGCCAGGGCUGCUACCCCAACGUGUGCGACGACGACCAACUGCUCUGCCAGAACGGCGGCACGUGCGUGCAGAACCAGCGCUGCGCCUGCCCGCGGGGCUACACCGGCGUGCGCUGCGAGCAGCCCCGCUGCGACCCCGCCGCCCACGGCGGCCUGGACUGCGACCGCGCAGCUGGGGCCGCCCCGCGCCCCGCCGCCCUGCUCGGCUGCCUGCUGCUGCCGGCGCUCGCCGCCCUCCUGGGCUGCUGAGCCCCCCGAGGACCCGCGACCGGGGAGGCCGGGGUACGCACCCUGUGCCGGGGCGACGAGAAGGGUGCGGCCGGAGCUGCUCCCAGGUGCUACUCAGCAGUCCAGACAGCUACUCCGCCCCCCAGCCCCUGCCCCCGCCCUGCACCGCCCCCCGCCGCCGCAGGGGGCGCUGUGGGGCCCUGGCCCAGGGCCUGCAUUCGGGUCUUAGUUUCCCGUGACCUGCCGCCCUUUUUUUUUCCUGCCGGCGGUGAGAUGGGGGUGGGCAGAAACGCUGCUCACCCUAACACCCCAGGCCCUGCCUGCCGACACACACACACACACUGUUGCGGACACCCGUUGCGCCUGUCCCUGGCUUCCCAUCAGCCAGCGGACCCCGAACCCCAGCUGCCUACAACUCUCCAGUCGCUGACUUGAUUCUCUUACAUAGUUUUUCUUUGCAGCCUUCAGACCCCGGGUCCUCGGAGGCCUGGUGACCAAGGCGCUCAGCGUCUGGCGGAGGGAGUCAGGAAGGGAGGGUAGGGAGGGCCGGAUACUGUGUUUUGCAGAUAGUAACUAUUUUUGUUUUUAUUAACCAUCCCCUCCAAGGAGGACCGGGGGCGGGCGCAGGUGGUUGAUGGCGUGUAACCCGGCAGAGUAAAGGAGUUGCUCACU